AUGGAGGCGCUCAGAACGUCGACGCUCCGCCAACCGUUGGCGCGCUUCCCAAUCACGCAACAGCUCUAUGACAAGGUAGUCCACAGACAUCGCGGCAGAAGUAAGGCUCGAACAAGCUACGUGAGCGAGGGCUUACUAGAUGAUAUUGUACAACGUGUAUCGCCCUUACUUGCUUCAAACACGCCACUAGACAUUGUGGACUUUGGGCCUGGGUGUGGUCUUCUCUCAUCCAAAUUGAAUGAAUCGCUUCGACCUCGGCGCCAUGUGCUCGUCGAACCAAAUACGCAUUUCUCCGACGCAUUUCUGAAACCGCUGUCCCAGAGCAAGCCAUGCUACAAGCUCGUUAAUGAGCCCAUAUAUGGCAGACUCGUUUGGGACGAUUUCUUCGCAACCCACCUCCCCGAACAAGGUCCCCACAACCGAAGCCCCGGCAGGAUUCCAAAGAAUGACACGCUACUCGUACUGGCCGAUCUGCCUGCCGCCAACUCCAAAGCCGAUCAUCUCAGACCCAGCCGAUGGUGGCUCAGGGUGUUAACGAACUGUUUAUAUCAAUCUGGGUUGCAUAUGUAUGGAUCCGUUCGAAUACUUGCCACAUGCCCCUUUGAGGACAUCCACGGUGUGUUGCCGCGGUCUGUCUAUGAACGCUCACGGGGUAGCAUAUUGGCAGAGGCCCUCAGUUUGCGUACCAUGGAAAUUGCAAUCUCGGGCGAUGAACCUGAACCGGCUCAUCAAUGGCGGGGUUGGAACGAAAUCCAGGAGAACAGGAAGCAGGUCGCGGAAAGGGCCGCUGCAAAUGGCAUUGUCACUCCACCGGGACGAGAGCUUCCUCCUCGAGAAGCGGUACCUCAAGUUCCUGCUCGCGGGCAAAAGGAGGCGCCAUACGAACCGCGACCUUUCCUUGAGAUGCACAAGGCUAUCUUCCAGGCCAUCGAAGCAGCAGAUGCAACGGGUCUUAAGUCUGGUCGUAACAAAGACCCCGAAACCAAGGAAUUAAUCAGAAAUCGCACCCUGGCCGUAUCGAGACUGGCCAGAGAUAAUAAAAUGGCCCACGUGCGUCAAAAGAUGGCCAACAUGAGACUUCAUAUCGACGAAUUGACGCGGUCAUUUUCGCGCGCGGCCGCAGAUCUGAAAGAGACCGUUGAGAGCCUGAAGGUGAUGAGCGAUGAAAUUGUAUCUCUCAAAUCUGCUUUUCUCCAGGAGUUCGGGGACAUACACUUCGUAUUGACAAGGCACCAUGACAAGACCGUCGAUGACAGCCGCAUGGUCUAUUCACGCAGAGAACUCAAAGACGGCGGUCUACUACAUGACGACCGACCAUUCGAGCCCUUACACAUCCACCCCGAGGAGCUCUAUCCCCGUGGGAUGGGCCGCGGAAUGAUAUAUUUCGAAGCGAAUCCCAACCCGCCCGCCCUACAGAAAAUACACGAUCUACCCAGCGCGUCGAUCCCCGACGCUCUCGAGCGAUUCUAUAUCAUGACCUCGAUUGUAGGCACCCGUGGUAACAUGUCAGUCGCCGAACUCCGCGAGCAAGUCUUCCCAACAUGGACCACCAAUGACCUCGUGCGGGCUGUUCCAAGCCUAGCGACCUUUGCGGAGAAAAGCAUCAAGCCGGGUUGCGGGCCCAUGCCCUUGCCGGAUGGGUCGGCGUCGGACCCGGCCUGCACCUACCAGGAUAAUAUCGACUACGACUUACGUGAAGUCCGACUGCGUGUGCUUACUGUACGCACCCUGGUGGAUAUUGCGCUGGAGUACGAGAAACUCCCCGACAAGCUCGACUUUAUGCAGUUUAGCCGAUAUCUUGGCGGAUCGAUGACUUCGGCGCAGAUUGACGAGGAGACGACUAACAUCCGAUCGAGAUAG